UAAAUUAGAAGAGACCGGAAUGGACAAACGGUAAUCCAACCUGAUUUCGGAAAAUCUACUAUUCGAUCAUUAUUUAAAUCUGAUAUUUUUAUCCUUCACUUCAAAUAAUAGGUGAUUCUUUGUUUUCUCUCUUCUUUUUCUUUCUUUCUUUGCUAUAAUCCCAUGAAACAGCAAAUAAUAAAACUGGUGAGAAAUGGAUUGUACAAAGAAGCACUCCAUCUAUACAGUGAAAACCUCAUUGCAUCAUUACUUCCCAACAAAUUCACAUUCCCUCCACUCUUUAAAGCUUGUACCAAGCUCAACUCACCAAUUCAAGGCCAAAUCCUCCACACUCAUCUCAUCAAGACUGGGUUUUCCUAUGACAUCUAUGCUGCCACUGCUCUCACGGAUAUGUACAUAAAAUUGCACUGCUUUGAAUGUGCCCUCAAGGUGUUUUAUGAAAUGCCUGACCGAAACUUGGCUUCCUUAAACACGAUCAUUUCCGGGUUUUGGAGAAACGGAUAUUGUAAUGAAGCUCUUAUAUUGUUUAAGGAGAUCUGUUUUGGAUUGUGGAGGCCUAAUUCACUCACUAUAGCUACCGUCUUGCCAGCUUGUCAAAGUCUUGAACUUGGUAUGCAAGUUCAUACUUUGGCCAUUAAGUUGGGAGUUGAGUUGGACGUUUACGUGGCAACUUCGUUGCUGACUAUGUAUUCUAACUGUGGAGAAAUAGUUUUAGCCACUAACAUGUUUGUAGAGAUGACUGAUAAGAAUGUUGUCAGCUAUAAUGCUUUUCUUUCAGGGCUUCUGCAAAAUGGGGUUCCACUUAUGGUAUUGCAGGUGUUUAAGAACAUGAUGGGGAAUUGUCAAGUAGGACAACCCAAUUGUGUUACUUUCAUUUCUAUUAUAUCUGCAUGUACAAGUCUUUUGUACCUACAGUUUGGCAGACAGGUUCAUGGGGUUCUUAUGAAAAUUGAGACACAGUUUGAUACUAUGGUUGGAACUGCACUUGUUGAUAUGUAUUCAAAAUGUCGGGCUUGGCAAUGGGGCUAUGAUGUUUUCAAGGAGAUGAAAGGAAGCAGGAACUUGAUAACAUGGAAUUCAAUGAUAGCAGGGUUGAUGUUAAACAAUCAAAGUGAGAUGGCUGUUGCACUGUUCGAGGAGGUAGAAUUUGAAGGAAUGAAACCUGAUUCAGCAACAUGGAAUUCAUUGAUAAGGGGGUUUUCGCAGUUAGGGAAAGGAUUUGAAGCUUUUAAGUAUUUUGAGAAGAUGCAGUCUGCUGGUGUAGAACUGAGUUUAAAAUGCAUUACCAGUCUUUUGCCAGCUUGUUCAAUCUUGUGUGCUUUAAAGCACGGAAAAGAGAUCCAUGGUCUUGCUAUAAGAAGUGGUAUUAGUAACGAGGAGUUCAUGGCUACAGCACUCAUUGACAUGUAUAUGAACUGUGGGUAUUCCUCUUGUGCGCGUAAAAUCUUUGAUCAGUUUGAGUCAAAGCCUGAUGAUCCGGCAUUCUGGAAUGCAAUGAUUUCCGGUUAUGGAAGAAACGGAGAGAAUGGAUCAGCAUUUGAAAUUUUUGAUUUGAUGCGGGAGGAAAAAGUAAAGCCAAAUUCAGCAACUUUCAUUGGUGUUCUAUCUUCAUGUAGUCACACUGGACAAGUUGACAGAGGAUUACAAGUUUUCAGAAUGAUGAAUAAAGUUUGUAACUUGAGCCCAAAUCUUGAGCAUUUUGGUUGCAUAGUUGAUCUUUUGGGUCGAUGCGGCAAACUAGAGGAAGCCAAAGAUCUAAUACAAGAACUUCCAGACCCUCCUGCUGCAAUUUUUGCUUCUCUGCUUGGUGCUUGUAAGUGUCACUUAAAUUAUGAGCUAGGAGAAGAAAUAGCUAUAAAGCUUUCAGAGUUGGAGCCAGAGAAUCCAGAACCUUUUGUGAUACUGUCCAGCAUAUACACUGCAGUAGGAAGGUGGGGAGAUGUGGAAAGAAUAAGACUAAUGAUAGAUGACAGAGGAUUAAGAAAAUUCCCCGGAUUUAGUUCAAUAUCCGUGACAUGAACAGGAACUUUUUAUAGCAUCCGAAUUUUUUUUCGGCUCUACCAUAUUCAAACUUUUCAUCUUCUUGGUAUAUUCCAGGUUACUGGGAAAAAAGUUUCACCACUCAGUAUUUGCCUCUCUGGACCUAACUUUUGGUCUAUUUAAGCUCAUGGAAGGAAAGCAGUAAAUUUCAUUGGAUUUGGUUCAUUUGAAAUUACAUGUAGAGGAACUGCUUAGACAAGAUGGCAAGAAAUUGUAAACUAAAUCAAAUUCAAUUGCAUGUCUGGCAUCUUCUUGGGUUGUGAUUACAAGAGACAGUUCACUUAUUCAACAUUUCUUUCACUGAAAACCCAAAAUAGUUAUCGAAAAAGUUUGGGGGCUCAAAUAUGAAGCAAGAGAUCACAUCUCUAAGAGUAAUUACACCUGUAACUUCAUUCUCAUCUACUAUAUAGAUUCUGUGCAUCCUUUUGGUGGCAAGGCUCUGGAUCACACUACCAAGAGUUGAAUCUACCUUGCAU